GUUCCCGACGUCCGAUCCUCCCAUCGUCUCCUUCAGCUUCACUCUCUCUCUCUCCCCGAUCGCCGUCGCCGAUCGCCGUCGCCGUCGCCGCGCCAAAGCCAAGUCGCUCGGUCAUCUCUCUCUCAUCAGUUUGAGAUGGAGGAAUACUUGCAGUACAUGAAGACUCUGCGAUGUCAAAUGAACGAUGUGGAGGAUCAGGCGGCCAAGAUGUCGGUCGAAGAGCAAAUGCAGAUUACUACCAUUCAAUCUCUGGAAAGCGACCUCACUUCUGCAAAAUCUGAAAUUCAAAAACUUAAAGAAGAAACGGAGCAGAUGAUGACUGCAAAAGGUCAAAUAUGCUCUCAGAUAUUGGACGAACAGAGAAAGGUCGCUUCCUUGGAAUCUGAUUGUCGCACAUUGACACAGACUUUGGAGCUAAUUGACCAAGAAAGAGUAAAAUUAUCGGCCAAACUAGUUGAGAAAAGCACUUACUACGCCAAGGUUGCUGAGGAUAUAAAUGUCAAAUUCCAGGAGCUACAAGGAUGGCUUAACUGUUGCAUACCAAGCCCAGACACAGAAGUGCGUGACUUGGUCAAGGAAACAUUCGAUGAAGAAAAGGUUGCAGCUGGAGCAAGGGGCAAAUCCAAUCACCUGGUUAUUGAUAACAUGAACAAUGAAGCAAGCAAGGAACUGAUCUUCAGUGUGGAUUCUGCGACAGCAAAACUUGAUGAGAUUAAAAGAACAAAAGCUAAGCUAGCUGCAGAAAAUUCUGCAAUGAAGCAGCAAAUGAAAAGCCGGUCAAAUGAGUUCCAGGAAGAGCUAAGGGCAAUGGAUGUUAAGACGUUGGACAAGGAACAAAAAGCUCUUUUAGCAGAUAUUGUUGGGGAAACCGAGUUCGUGCAGUCUCUGCAGAAUCAAAUCGAGAAACUGAAGGGAAUAUCACAGCUCGUGAAGUGCGCCUGCGGACAGGAGUACAAGAUUGAGUUAGAUGCUUGUGUAUAAACAGGGACAAAAAGCAGCCAGAACAUCGGAUACUCAUAAGUUUUAACUACUAACUAGCCUAGUGAUA